UUUCGGCCUCACACCGUUUUUCUUUGUGGUGUUUGUUUCUGGCGAAUUCUGAUUGAUUUUUGUGAUGGAAUUGACCAUGCAAAAUGUGAGAUCGUUGAAUUGGGUGAUUUUCAAUCAGUGGCGUCAGUGGUGUUAUUCAUUAAGGGGUUACAACUUACAAUUUAGGGAUCUGUUGGAGUAUGAAGGAUUUUUAGGGGUUCGAGUAAGCUUUGGGUAUAACAGAGGCACAGUAGGAGGUCGUGUGGCAGGGAACGAAAGGUCAUUUCUACCAUCAGCCCCAUUUCAAAUGAGUCAAAUGGACAUGGAAUACGAAAUACAUAAUCUGGAACAGAUUGCAUACGAUGUUGUUUUACGAGCUUUCAAGGCACAAUCUGAUGCACUCACAUGGGAGAAAGAGGGUCUUAUAACAGAAUUGAGGAAGGAACUCAGGGUGUCAGAUGAUGAGCAUCGAGAACUACUUAGUCAGGUCAAUGGUGAUGACCUCAUUCGCAGGAUCAGAGAGUGGAGGGAGGCAGGUGGUAACCGAAAUAUAGCCCCCAGUGCCCAGCAUAUAAACAACCAGUUACCAAGUCCUACAAUUUCAGCUUCUCGUAAUAUGUUGGGCACUUUUGGAAUAGAUUAGCACUUUAUAAUUUUUAGUACUAGUAUUGUUUGUGUAGUUUAAGUCAAAGAUGACCAACACUUAAUAUUGUUUAGUUUGUGUGUUCAAACACGUUACAUUUUUGUGUAAAAUCAUUUGAUGGUUUGAAUAUUAUUCAAAUAGUUGUCAUUUUA